CGCAGACGCUGGGCCGCUUUGGGCCUGGGCUGGGGCCUGUUAAACUUGUUAGUGCUUCCAGGUUGCGACGCCGCCGCCGCUCUCGUCGUCGCAUGCAUCAUCCCAUCCUGGUUUGAACUGUCUGCCUAUCACGUCACUUACACCCUUCACCAAAAAAACACAUCGCGAACGCUCGCUCCUAACACGCCCGUGCUUUGACACAGGCCCGCACGCAUUCACAACUAUCUGAAUUCCUCGAUCCAACCGCCCCGCAAGAGGCGGCCAGCAGAAGCGUCUUGUCCGAGAUGGCCGAUUCAGCAAAUGGUCCGAAGCCGAGCAGCAGCGUCAAGCUGGUGCUCCUCGGUGAAGCUGCUGUCGGAAAGUCAUCUCUCGUUCUUCGGUUUGUCAAUAACGACUUCCAAGAAAACAAGGAACCAACAAUAGGAGCCGCCUUCCUGACACAGAAAUGCAACCUUCCGACACGGACCAUCAAAUUCGAGAUCUGGGACACAGCAGGCCAGGAGCGGUUUGCGUCGCUGGCGCCUAUGUACUACCGCAACGCGCAGGCCGCCCUGGUUGUCUACGAUCUCACCAAGCCCACAUCCCUGGUCAAGGCCAAGCACUGGGUAGCUGAGCUGCAGAGGCAGGCGUCUCCAGGCAUCGUGAUCGCGCUGGUGGGGAACAAGCUCGAUCUCACAAACGACGGGUCCGGUAGCGGCGGAGAUGCCGAGAGCGCCGGCGGGGACGACUCGGGCGACGCAAGGAAGGUCUCGACGGAAGAGGCCAAGACAUAUUCGGAAGAGGAAGGCCUGUUGUUCUUCGAGACGAGCGCCAAGACGGGCUUCAACGUCACCGAGGUCUUCACCGCCAUUGCCAACGCGAUCCCCGAGACUUCGCUGAAGAGCGCGCGGGGCGUGGCUGCUUCGCACGCUGCCGGCCGCACCGAGGAGCAAAGGGUCAACCUCAAUGGGCCGCGGGAUCCAAACGCGAAGGAGGGAUGUGCUUGCUGAGUGAGAAAAUCGUUGGUGGGUUGUCCCUAGAACGCCACGAGGGCCGGCAGAUAUCGAGGAUGAGGGCUUGUUCCGCGACACUUUGCAUUUUCACAUGGUCAAUUGGAGUGGAUUGGGUCACAAGGGACAGGUCGUCCGGGAGUCAAUGAGCUGUUUUUGGGGGGCGAAUAUCUUUCAUUUUAUACAAGCAAUGCUGGAACAGUCCACAACUGAUUCACUUACCUAAUGUCACCGACCAUAGCUCUACUGCCACCGCCCAGUUGGUUUACGAACACUUCUGAUAGAUGUCUCCGGAAAUACGAAUACCUUGUGCAGUUGACGAUGUGGGGUCAAGAUAUGAGAACCCCGAAUUUCGAUCAAACUGUAUUUAGCAUUUCCCGUAAUGUUUGAGAAUGCCAAACCCAAUCGUACGCAAAAUAUACACUACAACUAGCACCCUUCCUGACCAGUCCCAUUAAU